UUUUUUAGGCUCGGAUAUCUAACGCAGGAAGACGUAAAUCCAUUGGGAUUGUUGACGCAACUCAAUAAAGUUACACAUUCCAAUAAAUUUUGAGUCUGAUACAACGUGUUGGGGGUUUUUAAGAUAAAUUUAUACUUUUAUGAUAUAUCCAGAAAGACGUAGACGUUGAGUGGACCAAAGAGCUCAGAAGAGUGAGUCUUUUAAAAACAAAUAUUUUAGUUUUAUUUCAAGCGUUUCUUCUCAAUGUGUACGCAUCAGAUAUCAUCUGUCUUCACUCCGUAAUCUCGUUACUUUUCUCAGUGAUAUUAUUAUUAUUAUUGUUGAUAUUCAUUUUUAUUUUAUCCUUCUUGUACUUUUCUUAUGUAAAUAAAACUAGUAUAGAGAUCAAAGAUAAACUUGUAAUUAUAAUUUUUUUUUUAAACUUUUUGAUCGCAUUCUACGUAAAUAAAAUCAAACAUUUGUGUCGUAUUUUAUGUUUUAAUAAACAAUUCUAUUCUGACAUGAAUGAGUGGGGAUUCUGUAAAAAAAAGUAGUAGUCAUGACACUUGGCUGACUUGUUUCAUCUAAUAUCCGCACGACUUUGGAAUAGAAACCCGUGAGUUGUGUGUUAUCUCCAGUAAUUAGUAAAUAAUUUACAUUUAUCAUGAGUUAUUCAAGUGAUUAACAAACUAGUUUGAUGACUAAUUAAGAAGAUUGACGAGUGAGUCAAUUAGUAAAGAUGCAGCGGGUACUGAGUUUUCAAAUGGGACGUAGUUUUGGAGAACCAACAGAAUUUAUAACAAAACGCAUGUGUUGCUCUUUAUUAUUUUCCAUUGGAUUUUUGUGUUUACUUUGUGGUUUUCUCAUUGGACGUUUUGCCGCGGGCCAAGUACUUGAAAUACGGGCCGAAAAAAAGAAAAUUGAAUUAUUUGGCAAUGGCCUUGACAGCAGGGAUUACUUGAGAACUGAAUUGGUACAGAAUUUUAAAAAUUCAAACUUUACUGCCUCAUUUAAUGUCACACAUCUGAGGAGCAAUAAAGCCUUGGAGAGUGUUGAAAAAUCGCUCUCAGGGUUAAAUAUUUUUAAUAAAGUCACCGGAAAUGAUAGUUGUGUUGUGGCGACAGUACGCGGCUCUUUAGAACCAGAUAGGUAUGUUGUCUUGAGUGCUGACAGUGAAAAUAUCGGUAUCGGGAUUUCAAUAGCCAAAGCAUUUCAGCGAAUCUACAAUGAGCAUGAAUGGAUACCCAGGAGAACUUUAAUUUUUCUCAUAUCUGCAGAUUACAUGGACUCUUGUCUUUAUUCUCUUUCAAAUUAUGAUCAAUCAAAGAUCGUUGCCUAUUUAGCGAUAGAUAAAAAUCCGAUUGACGGAGAUGGUUUUUUCCAGACCGCUGGAUCUGAUAUGGUUCAGACAACUGUUUUAGAAGCAUCGCGAGAUUAUUAUAAUUUCAAUAAUUCUAAUGAUCAUGAUGUGACUGAUCUUCAACGUUUGAAAAUUGUUUUCCCGCAUACUCUACUGUCUUUUUAUCCUGUGAAAAAUGUAUCCGCUGCAGCAGACAAACAGAAUAUUAGUAAUUUACACCGCAGAACUUUGGCUCAGGUUUUGAGUACAAGUGUCUGGAGAUUAUCGGAAAUGACGAUCUUUCAAUGGGAUCCGGAGAUUCUGCAUACGAGUAUUGAAUUACUAGAUAAAUUUAAUUUACCAGACUCAGAAGGAACACAAGAAAGGAUCAAAACUACAAUUAAAAGAAUAAUUAACAGCGGGAUUAUUCUUAAUAAAAAAAUUGAAAAUCUUGAUAGAUUACAAUCAUUAGAUAUCAGAAUGAUGAAUGAUUUUCUCAAGGAUUUGGAAUAUGCUCUACUGUGUCCCGACAAAAAUAAUCAAUCAAAAACAGACGUUGCAUUAUUAGAGCAGCGAUUGAAAGUAACAAAUAACAUUGAGGAAUAUUUCCUCGCGAUAUUGACCUGCUAUGAAGAUGCCGAUAAAAUAUUACAAGAUAUGACUUGAUGAGAGUAAUUAAUUAAAUUAAUUGGUACAUAUGAACAAGGCACCUUACUUUACUUAUCACUUAAUUAAUUAUUUAUUAAAAUAAUAAUAAAUAAAUUUAAUUUAAAAAUAAA